AUGGCUGAGACCUUGGAAGACCUGAGCACAAUGCUCGAGCAUCUCGACAGUGUCUCCCAAAGAGUGGGUCUUAAGCUGAACAUGGAUAAGACAAAAAUUAUGUCGAACGUCCAUGUUGCACCCGCUCCAGUUCGCAUUGGGAACACUGUUCUCGAAGUUGUUGACCAAUACAUAUAUCUAGAACAGUUAAUACAGUUAGUGUCUGAAGACGAAAAUCUUCAAUCAGUAUGUGUUGCCAGUGAUGUCAUACGGAUCCGAAACGUAGUCGGUAAAUAUGGGCCUCAUAAGAAGGCUCAAAGUCGCUCAUUGGGCGAUGGAGAGGGCAAUGUUCGGUAUUUCCCUACAUGA